CAGCCGCACAGUUCCCUUCAGAAACUACAUUUCCCGACAGGCGGUAGAGGGCGGGGAAAGGUGGCCGGCCAUACGUCAGUUCAGACGAGUCCCGGGACUAAGACUCGUAGUCACGUGAUUUUCAAGCCGGAAAAGCCUGAACCAGGAACCGGAUGUAUUUUGUUGCUCCGGCGAGACGCUGGAGAGAUGGCUACCGGGACAGACCAAGUGGUAGGAUUUGGCCUCGUCGCUGUUAGCUUGAUCAUCUUCACCUACUACACCACUUGGGUGAUUCUUUUGCCUUUCAUUGACAGCCAGCAUGUGAUCCACAAGUACUUCCUGCCCCGCGCCUACGCUGUCCUCCUCCCACUGGCCGCAGGCCUCCUGCUGCUCCUGUUUGUGGGAUUGUUCAUCACUUCCGUGAUGCUCAAGAGCCAGAAGAUGACCAAGAAGGCUCAGUGAAGGUCCAGCCAAGAUGAGGCUGCAGGCGCCUUCUCCAUAUCUCCUCCUGGGAAGGGACCAGGGGUCGCAGCCUACAAGACAGUCACACCGGUGGCACUGCGGCCCCCUUUGGGACAUGGGACUAUUUAUGUCUCGGUUUGACAAACUGGUCUCUCUCUUGGUCAUCCGUUUAGAAGCCAAGAAGAAGACGGUUUGGGAAGUCUCACUCACUUCCUUUGGCCUCAGAGGCUGCACAUUGCUGGUCCUGUCCGCCUCCCAGUCAAAGCUCCCUGUCUCUGUUACAGAGUUCUGUUCUCUCCUCUGUGCUCCUCCUGCUGUGCUGAUAGACUGAGCAGGUUCCGGGCCGUGUGCAGCCUUCCCGCCUCUCUGUACAAAUCCUGUCCCUUCACAAGGCAGCUCUUCCAAGUCUGACACUUCCCAGGCUCUGUGAGGACUUCUGGACCCAGAAAGCCCUGGGGAAACACUGACAAAUGCCAGAACCACAGGGAUACGUCCCGGCCGCCACGCUAGACCCCAGCCGGCCUGUUUGGGAAAACUUACAAAUAAAUGUUAAUCAUGUUUG